AUGAGACGAACCACCAUAAUGAAAAAGCAAUUUGCACGUGUAAUGGGCUACUGCGCAUGGACCACUCAAUCUCCCAAACCACAGAAAAAGUACCGUGAAAACGACGAAGCUCCACGAAGUAAAUAUCGGACCGUCGAUGGAAGAUUGUAUCUUAACAUUGCCGAAUCACAAUAUCCAUUGCCAGUCUAUGACGAGGAAGAGAUGGAGAGAUUGGCACUACAGCAUGCAGUGUUUAAACAUUUUUGGCAUGGCUUGUAUUCAUCCCCGAUCACGGAAUUGUUACAUGUUGGUGGUGCCAAAGUGUUAGAUUCUGGAUCGGGCACUGGUUCGUGGGUAAUCGACAUGUCUAUCGACUUUCCCCGCUCAGAAUUUGUUGGCAUCGACAUAUCCCCAAUGUCGCCUACAACCAACCUUCCUCAUAAUGUUUCUUUCUUCGAUUGCAAUCUUCUCGAAGGCCUCCCGUUUGCUGCUGAUUCAUUCGAUUAUGUCCGACAAGGGUUGCUAUUCGAAGCAUUCACGGAACAACAGUGGGAAACACACGUCGUAAAUGAACUAGUACGCGUGACGCGAGUUGGGGGAUGGGUUGAAUUCAUGGAAGGAUAUUGCUCGUUUGUCAAUCCCGGCCGUGUUACUAAACGAUUGACCAAUGCAUUUUCGACUUUUCUCAAAUCAAAAGGGAUAAGCAUGCGCUUUGAAGAUAAUCUCACGACAUAUCUCGAAAAUACUUGUAGAUUAUCAAAUAUCUCAUAUGAGGAGCAACGGAUACCACUAGGGAAGAGAGGCGGUCGAUUUGGUGAAUUGGCCUUGAAAAAUCUAAUAUGGACAUGGCUCGCUUUGAAGAAGCCACUUGCAGAUACAAUGUGUAUAAGCUCAGAACACUUUGAUGCACUAAUAGAAACAUUUGUUCGUGAAGCCACCGAGAACCGCACUGAAUGGCGAACUUUUCGUGUUUAUGCACAAAAGACAAGGCGUAACGUGGACUCGGCAAUAGACAUCAUGACACAUUGA